AAGAUGGAGUUUUCUGGAAGACAGCGGAGAAAACUGAGGUUGGCAGGUGACCAGAGAAAUGCUCACUACCCUCAUAGCCUUCAGUUUUACCUCCAGCCACCAACUGAAAACAUUUCUUUGAUUGAGUUUGAAAACUUGGCUAUUGAUAGAGUUAAAUUGCUAAAAUCAGUUGAAAAUCUUGGAGUGAGUCUUGUGAAGGGAACUGAAGGAUACCAGAAUAAGUUAGAACAAGAACUUCGAAGACUCAAGUUUUCCUACAGAGAAAACUUAGAAGAUGAAUAUGAACCUCGAAGAAAAGAUCAUAUAUCUCAUUUUAUUUUGCGCCUUGCUUAUUGCCAGUCUGAGGAUCUUAGACGCUGGUUCAUACAACAAGAGAUGGAUCUCCUUCGAUUUCGAUUCAGCAUUUUACCUAAGGACAAGAUUCAAGACUUCUUAAAGGAUAGCCAUUUGCAGUUUGAGGCUAUAAGUGAUGAAGAGAAGAAUCAGCGGGAACAAGUGAUCAUUGCUUCAUCACCAAGUUUAAGUGGGACUCAGUUGGAGAUGGAGUCAGUUUAUAAGAUUCCUUUUGCUGAUGCUCUAGAUUUGUUUCGAGGAAGGAAAGUCUACCUGGAAGACGGCUUUGCUUAUGUACCCCUUAAGGACAUAGUGGCCAUCAUCUUGAAUGAAUUUAGAGCCAAAUUAUCCAAAGCUUUGGCAUUAACGGCCAGGUCCUUGCCUACUAUUCAAUCUGAUGAGAGACUUCAGCCGCUGCUUAAACACCUCAGUCAUUCCUACACUGGUCAAGAUUACAGUGCACAUAGAAAUACUGGCAAGAUUUCUUUAGAUCAGAUUGACUCGCUAGCUACAAAAUCUUUUCCACCCUGCAUGCGUCAGUUACAUAAAGCCUUGCGCGAAAAUCAUCAUCUUCGUCAUGGAGGCCGGAUGCAGUAUGGCCUGUUCCUGAAGGGCAUUGGUUUAACACUGGAACAGGCAUUGCAAUUUUGGAAGCAGGAAUUUAUCAAAGGAAAGAUGGAUUCAGAAAAGUUUGAUAAAGGCUACUCUUACAACAUCCGCCAUAGCUUUGGGAAAGAAGGCAAGAGGACAGACUAUACACCUUUUAGUUGCUUGAAGAUUAUUCUAACCAAUCCACCAGGCCAAGGGGAUUAUCAUGGGUGCCCAUUCCGUCACAGUGAUCCAGAGCUGCUGAAGCAGAAGUUGCAGUCAUACAAGAUCUCUCCCGCAGGAAUAAGCCAGAUUUUGGAUUUAGUAAAGGGGACACAUUACCAGGUAGCAUGUCAGAAAUACUUCGAGAUGACACAUAAUAUUGAUGAUUGUGGAUUUUCUUUGAAUCAUCCUAAUCAGUUCUUCAUUGAGAGCCAGCGGAUUCUAAAUGGUGGUAAAGACAUCAAGAAAGAGUCUACCCAACCAGAAACUCCUCAGCCAAAACCAGCUAUCCAAAAGGCCAAGGAUGCAUCCUCUGCUCUGGCCUCAUUAAAUUCCUCUGUGGAAAUGGACAUGGAGGGUCUGGAAGAAUAUUUCAGUGAUUGAUUGUUAGAGUUUUGGUAACCCUUUUUCCUCCCUAGCCU